CCUCCCGUGGGGGGACCCGCGGGUUCCACGCGUGGGGAUGGAGAAGGGCGGAGAUGGAAAAAGCGAGGAGGGAGCGCUUCCCGGAGCAGACCAUCCCACCAUGACGCGACCCUGAAACUCCCUCCUCCAGCACGGAAAACCCUCCAAAAAAAAUUUAAAAAAAAUUAAAAAAAACACCAAAAAUGAGGUUUUUCCGCCGCCGCUCCAGCCCUUUGAAGGUGGCGCUGGCGGGCGCCGCCUUCCUCAUCUUCCUCUUCAUCCUCCAGAAGGACUCUGCAGGGCGCGGCCAGGCGGGAGAGGAGCCCUGGCUGAGGAACAUCGUGCAGGGCAAGGGCCAGGUGCUCCACCUGAUGCUCGGCGCCGUCCACAACCUGCGCGACUCCAUGCCCAAGCUGCAGAUCGGAGCCCCGGAGCCCCCCCGGGACCCCCUGCCCGGCUCCCCCCGCUGCCCUCCCGGCGUUUACACCGCGGCCGAGCUGCGCCCCUUCCUCGAGAGGCCCCCCCAGGACCCCGCCAGCCCCGGCGCCGACGGCAAAGCCUUCAAGAAGGAGCGCUGGAGCCCCGAGGAGGAGCGGGAGAAGGAGAAGGGCUACGAGAAGCACUGCUUCAACGCCUUCGCCAGCGACCGCAUCUCCCUGCAGAGAGCGCUGGGGCCCGACAGCCGCCCGCCGGAGUGCAUCGACCAGAAGUUCAGGCGCUGCCCGCCCCUGCCCAGCACCAGCGUGGUGAUCGUGUUCCACAACGAGGCCUGGUCCACCCUGCUCAGGACCGUCUACAGCGUCCUGCACUCGGCCCCCGCCAGCCUGCUCAGGGAGGUCAUCCUGGUCGAUGACGCCAGCACCGACGAGUACCUGAAGGAGGAGCUGGAGCGCUACGUGGAGCAGCUGCAGAUCGUGCGGGUGGUGCGGCAGAAGGAGCGCAAGGGGCUCAUCACGGCGCGGCUCCUCGGGGCCAGCGUGGCCAGCGGGGACGUCCUCACCUUCCUGGACGCCCACUGCGAGUGUUUCCACGGGUGGCUGGAGCCGCUGCUGUCGCGCAUCGCCGAGGAACCCACGGCCGUGGUGAGCCCGGACAUCGCCACCAUCGACCUCAACACCUUCGAGUUCUCCAAGCCCGUGCAGAACGGCAAGCAGCACAGCCGCGGCAACUUCGACUGGAGCCUGACCUUCGGCUGGGAGGUGGUGCCGGCCCGGGAGAGGCAGCGCAGGAAGGACGAGACCUUCCCCAUCAAGUCCCCGACCUUCGCGGGUGGCCUCUUCGCCAUCUCCAGGUCCUACUUCGAGCACAUCGGCUCCUACGACGACCAGAUGGAGAUUUGGGGAGGGGAGAACGUGGAAAUGUCCUUCAGGGUCUGGCAGUGCGGGGGGCAGGUGGAAAUCAUCCCCUGCUCCGUGGUGGGCCACGUGUUCCGCUCCAAGAGCCCGCACAGCUUCCCGCGGGGCACGCAGGUGAUCUCCAGGAACCAGGUGCGCCUGGCCGAGGUGUGGAUGGACGAUUACAAGGAGAUUUUCUACCGCCGGAACCAGCAGGCCGCGCAGAUGGCCAGAGAGAAAUCGUUCGGUGACAUCACCGAGCGGCUCCGGCUGCGGGAGCGGCUGCGCUGCCGGAACUUCACGUGGUACCUGCAGAACGUUUACCCCGAGAUGUUCGUCCCCGACCUCACCCCCACCUUCUACGGGGCGAUAAAAAACGAGGCCACCAAGAGCUGCCUGGACGUCGGCGAGAACAACCACGGGGGCAAACCCCUCAUCAUGUACCCCUGCCACGGGCUGGGGGGCAACCAGUAUUUCGAGUACACGAGCCAGCGGGAGCUGCGGCACAACAUCGGCAGGGAGCUGUGCCUGCGGGCGGGGCCGGGCACGGCCGAGCUGGGCGAGUGCCAAUUCCGAGGGAAGCCCGACCGGGUGGCCGCCAACGAGGAGUGGGAGCUGGCACAGAACCGGCUCAUUAAGAACCUGGCCUCGGGGACGUGUCUGACGGCGCGAGGGAAGCACCCGGCGCUGGUUCCCUGCGACCUCACGGACCCCCACCAGCUCUGGUCCUUCACCUAAACCCGGGCUGAGCCCCCCACGCCGCGACCACGCUCAGGAAAAACCAGAAACCACAAAAAAAACCCACCAAACCACCCCCCCUCCCAAAACCGACCAAACCUUCCUGGGUUGCUUUAAUUUAAGAAGCAAAAGCCUUAAAUAUGCUGCAUUUUCACCGGUUGCCUUGAACUGAACCCUGUGCCUUUUGGAGCGGGGAAUUCCAGGGA